GGCUGCAGUUGCUGAAAAGGUUUAGUGGAAGAAAUGUUUGCUUGCAUUUUUUUCCAGUGAUUUUUUUUUAUGUAGUUUUCUUUUGAAUAUCUAGACUAUAGCAAUCAAGGAGAAGCAUAUUUAAAUUUAUAUCGGUGAAACCUCUGUGCAGCAUUUCAUCAGAUGAUUCACUGUCAAGCUCCUAUCUUGGAAAGAGGGAUUAAUGAAAUAGCAUGUGAAGCAGCAGUGAACUCUUACGGAGUAAGCCCUGACAUCUUCCACGGUGUUUUGUGGGAUAAUUUCAAGUUCUUCAGAUACAGAUUACAUAAAGAAGAUUGUAGGGCACGUGAUACAUUCCCGUUUCUUGUACUUCAGAUAGUAGGAAAAUUGCUACCUCUAAGAAUGGAUCCUGAAGAGAUCUUUUCACAGCUAUAACUUUUCAUCUGUGGUUUUUACCUCACAACUUUUUUUAAUGUCAGUUUUUUAUUCAUAUAGGCAGCUUAAAAUAAUUUUCAAUAAACUGCUUUAUGUAUAAAAUACUGUAAUGUCAGAGUAAUGGAUUGCCUGUGCAUUGUGACCACAAAGAAAUACCGGUAUCAGGAUGAAGACAUACCUCCUCAAGAACACAUUUCCCCACAAAUCACGAAUGAAGUGAUAGGUCCAGAAUUGGUGCAUGUCUCCGAGAAGAACCUGUCAGAAAUUGAAAAUGUCCAUGGAUAUGUUUCUCAUUCUCAUAUUUCACCAAUAAAGCCAACAGAAGCUGUUCCUCCCUCUCCUCCCACUGCCCCCGUGAGCCCCGCCCCGCCAGCCCCUGCCGAGAGCACUGUUCUCCUACCCACCGUGCCACAGGCAAAUCCUCCUCCUGUACUGGUCAACACAGAUAGCGUAGAAACUCCGACUUAUGUUAAUGGCACGGAUGCAGAUUAUGAAUAUGAAGAAAUCACACUUGAAAGGGGAAAUUCAGGGCUUGGUUUCAGCAUUGCAGGAGGUAUGGACAACCCACACAUUGGAGAUGACACAAGUAUAUUCAUUACCAAAAUUAUUGCAGGAGGAGCAGCUGCCCAAGAUGGAAGACUGCGGGUAAAUGACUGUAUAUUGCGAGUAAAUGAAGUAGAUGUCCGUGAUGUAACACAUAGCAAAGCAGUUGAAGCAUUGAAAGAAGCAGGCUCCAUUGUACGUUUAUAUGUGAAAAGGCGGAAACCAGUAUCAGAAAAAAUAAUGGAAAUAAAGCUUGUUAAAGGUCCUAAAGGUCUUGGGUUCAGCAUUGCUGGAGGUGUUGGAAAUCAACAUAUUCCUGGGGAUAAUAGCAUCUAUGUCACCAAAAUAAUUGAAGGAGGUGCAGCUCAUAAAGAUGGUAAACUUCAGAUUGGAGAUAAACUUUUAGCUGUGAAUAGUGUUUGUUUAGAAGAAGUUACUCAUGAAGAAGCAGUAACUGCCUUAAAGAACACAUCUGAUUUUGUUUAUUUAAAAGUGGCAAAACCUACAAGUAUGUAUAUGAAUGAUGGGUACGCACCACCUGAUAUCACCAACUCUGCUUCUCAGCACGUUGAUAACCAUGUUAGCCCAUCUUCCUACUUGGGCCAGACACCAGCGUCACCGACCAGGUACUCGCCUGUUUCCAAAGCAAUGCUUGGAGAUGAUGAAAUUACAAGGGAACCUAGAAAAGUUGUUCUCCAUCGUGGCUCAACAGGCCUAGGUUUCAACAUUGUAGGAGGCGAAGAUGGGGAAGGAAUAUUUAUUUCCUUUAUCUUGGCUGGAGGACCUGCUGAUCUUAGUGGUGAACUCAGAAAAGGAGAUCGGAUUAUAUCGGUAAACAGUGUUGACCUCAGAACUGCCAGCCAUGAGCAGGCAGCAGCCGCUCUGAAAAAUGCCGGCCAGGCUGUCACAAUUGUUGCACAGUAUCGACCUGAAGAAUAUAGUCGUUUUGAAGCCAAAAUACAUGAUCUACGGGAGCAAAUGAUGAAUAGUAGCAUUAGUUCAGGAUCAGGAUCUCUUCGAACUAACCAGAAGCGAUCACUCUAUGUCAGAGCCCUUUUUGAUUAUGACAAGACUAAAGACAGUGGUCUUCCCAGUCAAGGAUUGAACUUCAAAUUUGGAGAUAUCCUUCAUGUUAUUAAUGCUUCUGAUGAUGAGUGGUGGCAAGCCAGGCAGGUUACACCAGAUGGCGAGAGUGAUGAAGUUGGGGUAAUUCCCAGCAAACGCAGAGUUGAAAAGAAAGAAAGAGCACGAUUAAAAACAGUGAAGUUCAAUUCCAAGACAAGAGAUAAAGGGCAGUCAUUCAAUGACAAGCGUAAAAAGAACCUCUUUUCCCGAAAAUUCCCCUUCUACAAGAACAAGGACCAGAGUGAGCAGGAAACAAGUGAUGCUGACCAACAUGUAACUUCUAAUGCCAGCGAUAGUGAAAGUAGUUACCUAAUCUUGAUUACAGAUGAGUAUGGCUGCUCAAAAGGUGGUCAAGAAGAAUAUGUCUUGUCUUAUGAACCAGUCAAUCAACAAGAAGUUAAUUAUACUCGACCAGUGAUCAUAUUGGGACCUACAAAAGACAGGAUAAAUGAUGACUUGAUCUCAGAAUUUCCUGACAAAUUCGGAUCAUGUGUUCCUCAUACAACUAGACCAAAACGAGAUUACGAAGUAGAUGGAAGAGAUUAUCAUUUUGUAACUUCAAGAGAACAGAUGGAAAAAGAUAUCCAGGAACAUAAAUUCAUUGAAGCUGGCCAGUAUAACAACCAUCUGUAUGGAACAAGUGUUCAGUCUGUGCGAGAAGUAGCAGAAAAGGGCAAGCACUGUAUCCUCGAUGUGUCUGGAAAUGCCAUAAAGAGACUACAGAUUGCGCAACUUUACCCAAUCUCCAUUUUUAUUAAACCCAAAUCCAUGGAAAAUAUCAUAGAGAUGAAUAAGCGUCUAACAGAAGAACAUGCCAGGAAGACGUUUGAAAGAGCCAUGAAACUGGAACAAGAGUUUACUGAACAUUUCACAGCCAUUGUGCAGGGGGACACGCUGGAGGACAUUUACAACCAAGUGAAGCAGAUCAUAGACGAACAGUCCGGGCCUUACAUCUGGGUUCCAGCGAAAGAGAAGUUAUGAGGACUCCUGUUGCUCUGUUGCUCUUUUCCAAACUUUUUUUUUUUUUUUGGACAGUCUUCGCCCCUGCCUCCUCGAGCCUGUCUUCAGCACUCCCUCAUACAGACUCAGAUCCCUGUCACCACGGUCUGUGGCUGCACUUAGAUUUGAUGUCUAGUGUCCCUUAAGUCACAGCAUCUGCAUUAGUUUCUGUCACUUUGGGUUUGUGGCCAUCUUUCAGAAUAGAAGAUGGAAUGGCCUGACCAGCUAUUAAGAAAUUUGGGGAAAUGGGGAAAUUAUGGUAAAAUUCCUUAAUGUUUAAGGGAAAGUAACUCUAAGAUGUUUUCAGAAAGCUUUAUAUACAUUCUUUUGAAUUUUCAAUAUAAAUGAAAGAAAAGUGGUUUUAAUCAGUGAUUCCGUAAAUUUGAGCAACAAUGCACGCUUAACUUUAAUAGCAUGGUUUGGCCGAUAUAUUAGCUCUCAAGUCCUUUUCUCAAUUGACUUCAGUUACUGAAACAAGUAUUUCAUAAGACGAAUGAGAAAAAUAUAUGUUUUUUAAUUUCAAAAUUAAUGUCUGGGUCAACUUUCAUAAUUUCAUAAGGGAUAUUCAUUUUCAUAAGAGAUCUUGAAAGUCUUUUACUGUCUGAGGUUUUUUUUCCCCCAGGACAUUUGCUAGGAAUAAUAAUGUUUUUAAUCUAUUUGUGCAACACUAUUUAUAGUGUCUUGCAAAAUUGCUCAUACAUAAUAAUCACCAGUUUUUCCAAAUGGAGGCCAUGUUUAGGUGCUAGGGAAGCUCACCCUUUACACAGAAGGCUGAGAAAAUGUCACAGACAAAACAGACGUCAAAGUGUGAUGUAAUCCUACAGCAAAGGAAAAGGAAUCCAAUUCAUAGUCUAAGCCUUUCAAUGUAUUCUUAGGGGUCAGAUUUUAAUGAAUAUUUUACCCACAAUAACUGCCUAUUUUGUUAUAAUAAAAAAUAUAUAUAUAAAUAUAUAUAAGACUUUCUUUAAACUCUGUAACUAUGGGAAUUAUUUUCAUUACAUAGUUGCACACAAACAUAUAUAUAUAUUUAAAAUAUAUUUUUUCUUUUGCCACCUACUCUUUAACUUUUUGUUUGGUUUUUAAAUUAAAUAUUAAUUGAUCAGACUUUAUCUUCCUUAAUCAUGUGAACUGAAAACAGGGGUAUGGUGGUUAUGAAGAGAAACCUUUAGGGAAAUUAGGUUACAAGUAAAAGUAUAAGCAUGUUCUCCUCUUUUCUACAAAAGUUUUCAAAUGGUUCCUUGUUUGUUUUUCGUUUCUGUCUUUUGUUCCUGUUCUUGCGGUUGGGUUUGUUCCGCUGCCUCUCCUUCAGGUUCUCCUCCUUUCGUGGCUAGGAAAAUAGGCAAGCGUUUGCCCCUGUGCGUCCCCUCCGUCUGCAGAGCUUCCCUGCUCAGAGCAGCCGUGCACCAGAGCCGCACGCAUCCUCGUGGUGAUCAGUUGUAAGAAACUUGAGUGAAAGGUAGAUCUAAGUUCAGAAAUCAGUUCUCUGGUCUUUCAUACUAUUCACAUUGUUUGGCUUCCCAUUGCUUUAAUGGAGUCGUUUAUUGAGUAUGUGUUUUGAACAACCUCCUCAUUACAGUUUUCUUAAAUGAGUACUAGUUUGUAAAGAAUUAUCAACAUUAUCCAUUCCACUUAUGAGAAAGAGGAGAACAGCUAAUAAACUUUAUUGUGAAACCAUA